GUAGACUAGCUGAUGAUUUUGUGUAGCAGAAUGUAGUGUGGUAUGGCGGAAUUUGAGACUGUUGGAAAUGGGCCAGAAGGCAGCCAACCGACUAGCGGUGAUUCUGCAGCUGUUUUCGUAUUUCUCAAACCUAACCCUGAAAAGUGUCUCUCUAGGGUCGCUUCUCUGUCAAAAGUGGACGGGUUAGAUCAGAGCGAAAUUGAGAUUUUAAAUGGUUGGUAUGUAAAGAAUUGGGGAAAUAUUUACGCGGCUGGAUUCCAGAUGGAUGAUGUCGUUACGAGGGAGUUUACCGCCUUUAUGGAGGCGAAUUACUCUAGUUUUAUAAAUGUAGAAAAGGUUGAAUCAUAUUUAUCGGUACACCGCUUAUUGUACAGGGGUUUGCGGCAGGAGUUUGUGGUUGCGGAAAACGUGUCGAGUGAUAGGCUAUUUCAGCGUUACUAUUAUUCCUGUCGUGAGAAUCCUGUCGCACUAAAUUCAUUGGUAAUACUCUCCAACUUGAUAUGGUCCAUGCGCAAGUUUAGACAUGAUUUAUUUGCGAUUGCAUGUUUGGUUGACGUGAUGCUGCAGGCAUAUCUAGCUGCUCUCGCCUCUUUUAUCCACUUGGGGGGAGUUGAUGUUAUCAAGGAUGUGCUCUAUGACCUGGCUCAAAAGGGACUGCUGAAGGACAAUGUUAGUCUCUUGACUAAAUGCAUGGAUCUCUUGGAGAAGCUCGACAUUUCCUUCAAGGUACUCCAGACCUCAAAGAUUGGGAUACCAGUCAAUGGGAUUGCAUCUGGAGGCUACAACCAGAGGUUGGGAAUCAAUUUUGAAUGUGGAUGUGACAAGGUAAAGUUGAAGGCCACAAAUUUGAUCAAGAAGUGGAAGGCAAUUAGAGAUGCUUCGGUUGGUCCCGUCGUUCAACCAGAUGUAAAAAAGGCAAAACCCGCUCCAGCACCAAUUGUCCAUAGCGGACCCAGACCCAAGAGUGCAAAGAAUGAUCCAUUUGUCUUGAGUAUCAUCAAUACAAUGGUGGAACAAAAGGAGAAGGAAAAGAGGAGGAAGAUUGAGAUUCGAAACUCGCAAAUGAAUAGUAAAUUUAGGUCCACAAAGAGUAGCAGUGUCACGGAGGGACCAGUUUUAAAAGUCGACGGGGCAAGGUUGAGACAAGAGCCGAGCACGCAAGAUCACGCUUCUGACAAGUCUGUGGAAGAUAGUCGCUUGGCUUCCCUAGCCAACUUUUUCAAGGCUCAUCCCGUUGCUGGAGUGAGUGCCAGCAGUAAUCACGUUACAAACAUCGCAACUAAUGAUUUAAUGGGUAUUGGUACUGUAAGCCAGAGUACAGUUGACUACCAUUCUAGCCCGGAAGGACGCAAGAGAAGGAGUAGGUUCUCAGACGCUCCUCCUGUGGAUGUAUCACCCGGACACAACCACGUUAACUUUUAUGCGUCGCCUUCUCAGGACCAUGAUGCUCCCACAACUCCUCCCUGGAAGGGUUAA